AUGACAAAACAAUCCUACCUGUCUGUAACCAAGAUUCAGGACGUUGGAAAGUUCUCGCAUCUGCUGAAGGCUGAGCCCUACGGCGCGCUGGCGGCGACAUCCGGGGCACCGCCGCCCUGCCGGGGUCGGAGGGCGGGGGGACGAUGCCGGAGGGCGCGCCCUGAGGGACCCCAGCAGCAGCCCGGGCCGGACUCUGGAGGGAAGGUGAGAGCCCGAGGGGGCCGGCGACCCCGACCGCGAGCGGGAGCGUCGCUUGCAGCGCGGGCGGGUGCUUGUCGUGCUGACGGAGGGCGCCCGAAGAGCCGAGUCGCGUUUUGCGACCACACGGGACCGGAGCCGGACCCAAGGCUGUUCGAGGCGGUUCGUCGGUCCCGCUGGCUGCGGGCGCGGCGCCCGGGCGGCGCGUGGGUGAGCGAAGCCGCGGGGCCCGACCGCAGUCGCGCGCGGGUUUCGGGGGGCGGGUGCCCCGCGUGCUCCCUGCGACUAUUCUCUCUUCCCUGUCCUCUCUCCCUCCAGGUCACCCCAGCUCUGAUCGUUGCCAUCACAGUUGCUACAAUCGGCUCUUUCCAGUUUGGCUACAACACUGGGGUCAUCAACGCUCCUGAGAUGAUCAUAAAGGAAUUUGUCAAUAACACUUUGAAGAGCAAGAAAAAUGCCCCUCCUUCUGAGAUGUCGCUGACGUCCCUCUGGUCCUUGUCCGUGGCCAUAUUCUCCGUGGGUGGUAUGAUCGGCUCCUUCUCCGUCGGACUCUUUGUCAAUCGCUUUGGCAGGCGCAAUUCAAUGCUGAUCGUCAACCUGCUGGCUGUCACCGGCGGCUGCCUUAUGGGCCUGUGUAAAGUAGCUGAGUCGGUGGAAAUGCUGAUCCUGGGCCGCUUGGUUAUCGGCCUCUUCUGCGGACUGUGCACAGGCUUUGUGCCCAUGUACAUUGGAGAGAUCUCGCCUACUGCCCUGCGGGGUGCCUUUGGCACUCUCAACCAGCUGGGCAUCAUUGUCGGAAUUCUGGUGGCCCAGAUCUUUGGUCUGGAAUUCAUCCUUGGGUCUGAAGCGCUGUGGCCAGUGCUACUGGGCUUUACCAUCCUUCCUGCUGUCCUACAAAGUGCAGCCCUUCCAUUUUGCCCUGAAAGUCCCAGAUUUUUGCUCAUUAACAGAAAAGAAGAGGAGAAUGCUACGGGGAGCCACACAUAUUACUGGAGAAAAAUAUGCUUUCAGACUUUCCAGAGCAGCAGAGCUGGGACUAGGCAGGUGUUCUAUUACUCAACAGGAAUCUUCAAGUAUGCAGGUGUUCGAGAACCCAUCUAUGCCACUGUCGGUGCGGGUGUGGUUAAUACUAUCUUCACUGCAGUUUCCCUAUUUCUGGUGGAAAGGGCAGGAAGAAGGACUCUGCAUAUGAUAGGCCUUGGAGGGAUGGCUUUUUGUUCCCUGCUCAUGACUGUUUCUUUGCUACUAAAGGAUGACCAUAAUGGCAUGAGCUUUGUCUGUAUUGGGGCUAUCUUGGUCUUUGUGGCCUUCUUUGAAAUUGGACCAGGCCUUCCCUGGUUUAUUGUGGCUGAACUCUUCAGCCAGGGCCCCCGCCCAGUUGCGAUGGCAGUGGCCGGCUGCUCCAACUGGACCUCCAACUUCCUAUACUAUUUAGGACCCUACGUUUUUAUUGUCUUCACCGGCUUCCUCGUUACCUUCCUGAUCUUUACCUUCUUCAAAGUCCCUGAGACCCGUGGCAGGACUUUUGAGGAUAUCACGCGGGCCUUUGAAGGGCAGGCACAUGGUGCAGAUCGAUCCGGGAAGGAAGGCGUCGUGGAGAUGAACAGCAUCGAGCCUGCUAAGGAGACCACCACCAGUGUCUAA